GAAGAUAUAUUCGUAUAUCUAUGAUCAAAGAUUGAAAACUUAUCGAAAAUUAGGAUAAUAUACAUAUACACUAGUUUUUAAAUGUGUAAACCCAAUGUUUUCCAAAUAUAUUUUGUUAUCAUUCUUACCCGGAAUCUUAUAUGUUUUAUAUUCACUUGACUUUGUCAAAGAAAUAAAGAUACAUCUGGCAGAUGGAACAUUAAAUGUAAUUGACAUAAUCUAUUUUGGGUUAAAUAGACAUUCUGCGGAACAGAAGAUAUUCACUACGAGUGAAUUAAAGCAAUAUACGAAUAUGGAGAAUGGUUUAUAUCUUUCGAUUUUAGGUCAUGUUUUUGAUGUAACAAAAGGUGAAAAACACUAUGGGCCUAAAGGGAAUUACCAUGCUUUUACUGGUCGUGAUGCUUCCUUAGCAUUUAUUACUGGAGAAUUUGAUGAUAAUGGUUUAACUGAUGAUAUAUCUAGUUUGUCUAUACGACAAGUUAAGGCGCUAAAUGAUUGGAUACAAUUUUAUAAUACAAACUAUAUCUAUAAAGGAAAAUUAUAUGGCAGAUAUUAUAAUCAAGAUGGUAGCCCAACUGCAGAAUCCUAUAAAGUACAAGAAAAAGUACAGCUUGCUGAAAAAGAGAAAUCAUUGGAAGAGAAGCAGAAAAGAAUGUUUCCACCCUGUAAUGUAGAAUGGAAUCCAGAUACUGGUACUAUGUUCUGGUGUAGCAAAAGAAGUGGUGGAAUCGAUAGAGAUUGGGUAGGAGUACCAAGAAUGCUGUUUGAGACUGCAAGUAUGCAGUCACCUAGAUGUGCCUGUGUUAAACUAGAUAGUAAGGAAUAUAAAGAAAACAAGGCUAUGUUAAGCGAAUAUGAUAACUGUGCAAAACAUGCAACAAAAUGCAUUGUGCAAAUGAAAUAGAAUAUGAUACAAGGAAGUAUUAAUUAAUAUACAGCAUAUCUAUAUUUGUACGAUUAUAAAUUUUUUCUAUUUUUUUUAUUUUAUAAGAUAGUAUAAGAUAGAUAUAAAAACAGAUAUCUUUUUAAGACAAUUUUUUGUCUGUAAUUUUUUGUGUUAUCUCAUUCCACGAAUUUGGCUUGUUAUAUCAAUUUGUAAUUUUAUAUCUGUUUAAAAAUUAGUGCCUUUUUUGUGACUUAAUACAUAGUAUAAUAAAAACAAGUACAAAAUUU